AUGUCGUCCAACAACACCUCGGCCAGUGUCUCCAUCGAUAAGUUCGAUGGGGACAACUACUCAACCUGGUGUCGCUACAUGCGCGGCGUGUUUCUGACGAAGUCAGUCUGGUACGUCGUGAACCGCGAAACGUCUCCAACCUUCACCGACACGCGAGCUUCCGACGAGUACGUCAAGGCGAGCAACAUCGCGUUCGGGUUGAUGUUGCUCCACAUGGACGCCGACUACCACCAUGUGGUCGACAACUGUGAAGAAGCAUGGACAGCGUGGUCGCGGUUGAAGAUGCUCUAUGGUGGGUCGCAGAAGGCGGGACGCAUCUACCUCAAGCGCCAGCUGUUCAGCAUCAAGAUGACGGAAGGUGCCAACGUCUUGCACCAUUGCAACGAAGUCUUGAACAUCGGCGCCAAGCUCAGCAGCAUCGGUGCCAAGAUGGAAGACGAAGACAUUGCGAUCUGCUUGCUGCUCAGUCUCCCGAAGAGUUUCGAGAACGUGGUUCUGAACUUGGAGAUGAGCAAUGCAGAGCUGCGCACGCAAGAUGUGGCCAAGGUGCUGACUAACGAGCACAUCAAGCGACAAGGCGAGAAGAUGACAACGGCAACGAAAAUGGUGAAGACUGAAGAUGCGACAAAGGCAUUCAGCGCCGAGCGUUAG